CGGAGGAGGAGCAGGAGGAGGAGGAGGAGGAAACGAGCAUCGUCACAUCACAUCAUUUUCCAUCCGCGUCACCUGCGCAAACACACACAUCAGAAUAUCGUAUAAGUGAAAACAUAACAAAUAAAUGGAUACCUCAGGCAAGGAGAAAGAGGCCGUCCAACUGAUGGCUGAAGCGGACAAAAAAGUCAAGUCGUCCGGUUCAUUUUUAGGAGGGAUGUUCGGAGGAAACCACAAGGUAGAGGAUGCGUGUGAGAUGUACGCCAGAGCUGCAAACAUGUUUAAAAUGGCAAAGAACUGGAGUGCUGCAGGCAAUGCUUUCUGCCAGGCUGCAAAACUUCAUAUGCAAAUGCAGAACAAGCUGGAUGCUGCCACCAGCUUUGUUGAUGCAGGCAAUGCAUACAAGAAGGCUGAUCCCCAAGAGGCUAUCAACUGCUUAAAUGCAGCCAUCGACAUAUAUACAGACAUGGGGCGUUUUACAAUCGCAGCCAAACACCACAUGACAAUUGCAGAAAUAUAUGAGUCUGAGCUGGUGGAUAUUGAAAAGGCAAUUGCCCAUUAUGAGCAGGCGGCUGACUAUUACAAAGGAGAGGAAUCAAACAGCUCUGCCAACAAAUGUCUCCUGAAAGUCGGCUUUUACUGUGCGCAGCUGGAGCAGUAUCCUAAAGCCAUUGAAAUCUUUGAGCAGGUUGCAACUAAUACAAUGGAUAAUCCACUUUUAAAGUACAACGCAAAAGAGUAUUUCUGGAAGGCUUCACUCUGCCACUUCAUUGUGGAUGAAUUAAAUGCAAAGCUUGCCAUAGAGAAGUAUGAGAGCAUGUUUCCGGCAUUCUCAGACUCAAGAGAAUGUAAGCUUUUAAAAAAACUACUGGAUGCACAUGAAGAGCAAAACAAUGAGGCAUUCACUGAGGCUGUGAAAGAGUUUGACUCAAUUUCCCGUCUGGACCAGUGGCAGACCACUAUGUUACUCCGCAUCAAGAAGACGAUCCAAGGAGAUGCGGGUGAUCUGAAGUGAAUUGCCUGUAAUGUAAUGGCACAUUUCCUUGCUCAUUUAUAUGUUUUAUUGUGACAAUCUGGUUGAACACUUCGGUAGUGAUGCUAGCUCCAGUAUGUGCCUCAAUGCCAGUCUUUUAGUUCACAAGGGAAUUGUUUGUGUAAUAAGACUAGCAUUCAGGACACUAGAAUCACAUACUGUGUCAGUAUUGUCAGUAUUAAAACAUGACUCUAUUUAAUGACUAGUGUUGUCUUUUUUCCCUUUUAGUGGAAAGAUCAUUCAUUAUUUUGUUCCACAUUCAUUAUUUCACUCAGUGUGUGGCAUGAAAAACAAACAAACAGCAAGACCAGAGAAUAAAUGUGUAUCUAUGUUGUGUAUAUUCAUUGUAAUGUUAUCACUGACAUUGUCUUGCAUGAUAAAUGUUUAGAUUUUAAUAUGUGGUCUCAUGGUUGUGCACUUUAUUUUGAAACCAUGUUUGUGUACAGUCUUUUCAGAUUAAAACCUGUUUAGGCUGUUAAAUUCAACUUGAGAAUGCAUUACAAAUAUUGACAUUUAUGGAUGACCUACUGUAAGAAAACAUGGUACAUAUAAUUUGAACACUGUGUUGAUGUAUAAAUAUAAAAUACAUAAUUCAAACAA